CAGCGGAGAAAGGAGGGCAAUCCGGUCCCGCCACCAGCAGCCGCCGCCUCCUCUGCCGCCGCCUCAUCCUUCCUUCCUCUCUUCCCCGGCGCCAAUGGCCGCGUCGUGAGCGCAGCAGCUGGAGAAAGGAGCUGCCUUUUUUUUUUUUGCCUAGCCGGGAGGAAGGAAGGUUGCGAGCUUGGGAUCCGCUAUUCGCGCGCAUCUUUGGCGCGUAAAAUUUUUGUAAUCCGCACUUCGGAUGGCCGGUUCAAUCGCCGCCUCGGCGUUCUUGCCGGGGUCGCCGGCGCCGGCGACUGCCGCGCCCAAGAACGGCCUCGCCGAGCGCCCGGACAGCCUGGACGUCCGCGGCGUCGCGGCGAGGCCGGGCUCCUCGUCGUCGGCUGCCGUGAGGGCCGGCAAGACGCGCGCCCACGCCGCCAUACCGAAGGUGAACGGCGGCGGCAAGUCGGCGUUGGUGGACGCGGAGCAUGAGACGAUGCCCUCCUCCUCCUCCCCGGCGCCGAGGACGUUCUACAACCAGCUUCCUGACUGGAGCAUGCUCCUUGCAGCUAUCACUACCAUCUUCUUGGCCGCCGAGAAGCAGUGGACGCUGCUCGACUGGAAGCCCAAGCGGCCUGACAUGCUCACCGACACGUUUGGUUUCGGCAGGAUCAUACAUGACGGCCUCAUGUUCAGGCAGAACUUCUCCAUUAGGUCCUAUGAGAUUGGGGCUGAUAGGACGGCGUCUAUAGAAACACUGAUGAACCAUUUGCAGGAAACUGCGCUGAAUCAUGUCAAGAGCGCUGGGCUACUGGGGGAUGGUUUUGGCUCAACACCAGAAAUGAGUAAACGAAACUUGUUCUGGGUUGUCAGCCAAAUGCAGGCUAUCGUUGAGCGGUAUCCGUGCUGGGGUGAUACUGUCGAAGUAGAUACAUGGGUUGGUGCUCAUGGUAAAAAUGGGAUGCGCAGAGACUGGCAUAUACGCGAUUCCAUAACAGGACAUACAAUAUUGAAGGCUACAAGUAAAUGGGUUAUGAUGCACAAGCUUACAAGGAGGCUUGCGAGAAUUCCUGAUGAAGUACGCACUGAAAUAGAGCCAUACUUUUUCGAGCAUGCUUCUAUUGUAGAUGAAGACAACCGAAAACUUCCAAAACUGCCAGAUAUUGAAGGUGCUACUGUUGCCAAAUAUGUCCGGACAGGCCUGACUCCACGAUGGGCCGACCUUGAUAUCAAUCAGCAUGUUAAUAAUGUUAAAUACAUAGGGUGGAUCCUAGAGAGCGCACCAAUCUCCAUUCUGGAGAAACAUGAGCUGGCGAGUAUUGUUCUGGAUUACAAGAGGGAGUGUGGCCGGGACAGUGUGCUGCAGUCACACACUACCGUGUACACUGAUUGCAACAAUGAGUCAGGACAAACCACUUUGCACUGUGAGCAUUUGCUGAGCCUGGAAUCAGGGCCUACCAUUGUGAAGGCCAGGACCAUGUGGAGGCCAAAAGGAACCAAGCCCCAAGAAAGAAUCGUUCCAUCUUCGUGGUGAAGUGCAUAUGAUAUUUCAGGUGUUGAUUACUUUAUUUUGGUAGCAGCAGCAACUUGGUUAAACUGAGGACAACGAUUUGUGUUCUCCAUGGAAGGGCAAAACCUGGAUGAAAUGAUCAUAUUGUCGCAUAACGAUGCAGACAUAAGUUAUUUACGAACAAAAUGUAUGAAUUUGGAGAAGUUCAAAGGGGCAAGGUGGAGACAAGAAGCUGAAAAGACAAAGCCGGCGUAUUGUGCAUGAUUUGCUGUUUCAGUUUUUUCUUUCUAUUUUUCCUUUCCUUAGCAAAAGAUAUUCAAUUACACAGAUGGGUGUUGUAAGUAUAUUGAAAUUGUAGCUACUAGCUACCGCUGUACAAUGAGAAGUGAACGCUUCUCUUGCAUGUUCUAUCUGGGCUGAUGUCUAUAUUAUGAGCCCUCGAAAGCAGAUUUCCUGGUUGGGACUGUUUUAAAUUUUAAUUUCACAUAUUGUAUUUAUUGAUAUUUAUUUUGAAA